ACGGUGGCGAAGGUGGCUGUGUAGUCGCCAAUAGCAUUUUGUUUCCAAGGGCUGAACAAGGUGUACAAGCACGGACCGCACGGACAGAAGGGUUGCGACAGGUUAAGGAGAAGGAGUUUGCGUUGUGAACUACAUAUCUUACAAAUUUGAACGUGGAAUGUCUGCUGGGUCGAAGCAGGGAAGUGGUGAUUGUGAUGGAAAUAUGAACAACGCUAAUAAUUCGAGAAUAAUGGGUGCACUUCAGUAUCCUACAGAGGAAGAAAGGAAUGUGACAUUACAGACGAAUCAAACAAGGCAACCACACAGUUUGCAGGAUCUGCUUAGGUUUAGUAUUGGGGCAACCACAACGGGACACAAUGCGUCAAGUUCACAGAACGUACCCGGCCCGAUGGACGAGGAGAGGAAAUCCUUUUUGGAAAAGAUUUUGAAAUCAGUGACUGUUGAUGUAAUUGAGAUAUUGCUGAGUGCUGUUGAUGUCUUGAAGACAGCUGGAAACCUUGAAUUAGAAGAUGACCCCACAGAAAGUGAAGAAGCGCUGGAACAGAUAGCUAAUUAUGUAGACAGCAUUGAUACUGCUAACGAUUUCCACAAGAUUGGAGGGUUCUGCAUUUUUCGUCCGUGCUUGGACUCAGCCCAUGGCAGUUUGCGAUGGAGAGCAGCAGAAAUUAUUGCUGAAUUGACACAGAAUAAUCCGUAUUGCCAGGAGAGAGUUUUAGAAGCUGGUCUGUUACCUGUACUUCUCUCUCUAGUUGAUGUAGAUCACAGUCAGCAGGUUCGGAUAAAGGCACUGUAUGCCCUUUCAUGUCUAAUUAGGGAAAAUAACCGUGCACAGGAAGAAUUCAGUCAACAAGGAGGUUACCCUGUUCUGCUUCGAGCCAUGCAAAGUCAUGUUGAAAAACUGCAGAUCAAAUCAGCAUUUCUUCUGACAUACAUUUGUCAUCACCAGCCUGCUGUCAAAGAUGAAUUGUUUAAGAUGGGUUUUGUGGAGCAGCUGGUGGGGUUGGUGAGUGAGGACUGCCAGCCAGCUUUGGAGCACUUGCUGUCAGCAUUACAAGCCCUAGUCACUGAUCAUGCACCAUCUCUGAAUGAAUGUCGCCAGCCACAUCUGCAGCUACGGUCUACUCUCUGUAAAUUCUUGGAGCAAAGCCAAGGAAAGGAGGAUCGACAAGAGGAACAUGAGUAUACCAAGAAUCUUUUAAGGAUAAUUUUCAGUGGAGAAGCUGAAGAAGAAAGGUAGAAUAGAUUUUAUGUAUGAAACGUGACAUAAUCUGCUUUGUUCAGAGUGAUGAUAAUUCAAGUUUCUCCAGCUGUAAUUGUAGUUCAGAUCAUCUGAACCAGUACUGUGGCUACAGUAAUAACAAAUCGGAUGCUUUUGUUAACCCUGUACAUUGAGUUAAAAAAUUAUAAUUCUCUUGUAGAGAAAUAAAGAAAAGAAUGGUCAUCAGUGAUCAUUCAAAUUUUGAUAGUGCUUAAAGAUCUACUAGCUUUUCUUUCUUUCUUUCUUUCUUUCUUUCUUUCUUCUUCCUUUCAUUCAUUCUUUCCUACUUUCUUUCUUUUAUGUAAGUAUAAAUGUUUCAUUGUUUUAACACCACUUUCAUUUGUAUAUUGUGUUCUUUAAUCUUUAUUUGAUAAAAUUAUGUUUUUAGGAAAUUAAAGUGUCUUUGUGUUUUUGUUACAAAGAAUGCCUUAAAUGAUUGAAAGCAGUGUUAGGUUUUGUAUACAUGCAUAUUUAUGUUUAGAGAAACGUAAACUCAAGAACAAUGUAUUUCCCCAUUUAAAGCAUUAAGAAAGUGUAUAGGAAUGUGCAUCAAUAAAGCCUGCUGAAACAAAUUGAACUUUUGAUAAUAAUCUUGUGCAGUGGAAGUCUCUUGUAAUAACAGCUAUUAACAGUGAAGAAUUUGUGUUGUUAUAAAUGCCUGUUAUAGGAUGUUUAGAAGAGAGAAAUGUAGAAACUGUUCGAACAUCAAUCACAAGUAUUUAUAGUCAUUUCAUUGUAGCUGAUGAAAAUGCAGGAUUUAUGAGGGAGUUAACUAUUGUUCUGUAAUAUCGUAGCUAUUAUAUCAUAAGUCAGUACACAAAAGAUGAAGUGUCUUGGUAAUUAAAUAGCAGUGUUUUUUCUUA